CCAAGGUUUACACUGUUGACCAUUGCCAGUUCAGGCGGGAAUCCGGAGAUUUUAAAGUAUUUGAUCGAGCAUUGCGAUGCUUCAGUGAAUAACGCAGUGGUUGGUCCUGGAGGCUUUCUUCGUUGUAACGGACAAGUGGUAGUGCAUUAUGACAAAGAUGUUGAAAAUG